AUGGCGCCUGUUGGCGGCAUUCGCAGCCAGACAGCGCGAACCUGUGUGGCACAAGUCUUCGGCACGUCUGAGGAGAUUGAGAUCCCGGUCACCAUCAGCACACGAACUCUCGUGGUCAAGGAGCUGAUCUCACAAAAGACGGGCGUCCAUGUGGACGACCUUAAGAUCAUGGCCAAAGAAGGGUCCUUCAUGAGGAUGCUCAAGAACUCGGAUGAGGUGCGCUCCAGAGUUUUUGUGAAAGGUGUUGAGAGCUUUUCGAGGAAGAAGCAAUCGUAUCAGCAUCCUCAUGGAAUUAUCGGAGCUGGUCACAACGGUCUGCGCCAGGCGCUUGUCUUUGCGGAGCAUAAAGACACCAACUUCGUUCUUUUCGAUCGUCAUAACAGGAUUGGUGGCACUUCCUGGCUCGACCAUGCGAACAAAUUCUCCAAGGUUCAGACCGAGCUUGGAACUUAUCAUUUGAACUACUCCGACCAGUGUGAGUGUCCCAAGGGCAUGUCCCCUUGGCCCAGUAGGGACGAACUUUUGAAGCAUUUCGAGGAGGUGUGUGAUGCCUGGGGCCUGAGGGCACACUUCAGACUCGGCACGGAUGUGUUAAGGUACGCGGUCGCGAAUGAUGGGAAUGAUCAAAGCUACAGGCUCUCACUGCGCCGCGACAAGGAGGAGUCCGAAGUGAUGGUGUCCAGCUUCGUCAUUUAUCCGGGCAAUCUAACGAAUCCCCGAAGAGAGGACUACAAGGGGGAGGACGUCUUUGGAGGUCCGAUCUCCUACGGCAUGUUCGACGAGACGGACUACGAUGCCCUCACCGGCAAGCGCGUCGCCAUCGUGGGCUUUGGUGCUUUUGCCGUGGAGAACAUUCGCACAUGUUGCGAGCACCGCGUUGACAAGAUCUUUCUCGUCUGUCGGAGGAAAAACCUCUGCAUGCCGCGAAUGGUGUCGUGGUGGAUCAACGGCUCCGCUUUUCCCGUUUCUUCAGCAGACGUCCUUCGCGAAAUGGAGGAUGCAUACAAGAUGGUGGGGGACGAUCCGUGGGGAUAUUAUGCGGUCCUUUGCAACGAGUCCCGGACGAAUGUCACCAUCUAUCAGAAGGCUCGUUUUGGGAUCGGCGACAUUUACUUUCUUUCGAGGUACUACGGGAAGACUGAGGUGGUUCAGGGAACCAUCAAAAGGCUCAGUGAGAAGUCGGUUCAUUUGGAGGAUGGCACCAAGCUGGAGGAUGUUCAGGCUGUUCUCAAGCUCUUUGGAUUCGUGCCGGAAUGGGCUGUGGACAAGUUCCUCCAGCUGAAGCACCUCUCGGGAAUUUGGGUCAACGACGAUUACCGGAUUGGCACGAUGUCGGAGUUCCCGACAGUAAACGCACAAAGAUUUGGCGGAACAUCUUUGUCGCCUGGGGCUGUGGGAUGGUGCAAUAUCUUCUAUCAUUGCUGGAAGUAUCCACAGGAUUUCGAGAAGAUGAUGGCUACUGGCAUGCUCCCGAAGCAUUUCCCAAAUCUUCAGAAAGACGAGCCAGGCUACGUUCUUGAUGCAAAGAUCGGAUCACAAACGCUGAUUGCCAUCAGCAGCUUGUGUCCCGAGCUCGCAGAAGUGACUGCGAAAUAUGAUGACAGCUUCAAGCGCAAGAAGCAGUGGGGGACCCACUCUCUGGAACAAAUCCAGGCGGUGGCAGAAGAAGACUGGUUGCGGUAUUGCCAGAUGUUCAAAGAAGCGGGCGAUUCAAGGCCGUUUCCACCAUACCCGUACUCGAAAGAGCGCGUUCAACGGAUGGUGGAAAGGCAAGACCGAGAGGAGUACGAGCGCUUUGUCAAAAAGGGCUGGAUCCAGUAG